AUGAACUGGGACAUCGACCUCGUUGAGGCUCGAUGUCAACAUCCGAUUCGCCCGUCAAUCCUUGCUACAAUAAUUAGGAGGAUACACUCAGCCACACUUGUUUGCCCAGCCUCCAAGUCCGUAUGCAUACAGGCUGAGGCAACGCUGGCAUUUGUUGGCGUCCAUGUGACGAGAGGGUGUGUCGGGGGCAAGUGGGUGCGCGAUAAGGUCUGGAAACCAGCGCCACAUGAGAUCGACAGAUCGAUAAAAUGCAACCGAUUCAGGCAAACCAUGUCAGUCGUGGUGGCCUCUGCAACUGCAACAAAGCUUCACAUCGGCUUGAUCGGCACCGACUUCAUGUGGGCAAGCCGAGGGGAAGACAGACUGUAUGUGUGCAUGUGUGCGGGUGUGCCUGUGUACAAAGGGCUCAAAGUUGUAGCCUCACCCAUUUUAACCGGCGGUCAAGGCUGUGACAACGCCAUCUGCGGUCAUGCCGACAAGACACAUCGAGCUGACGCAAUGGCUACAUGUAGCCAAAGCAGUAGAACUCGUGAGAGCGGAGGCUAG